AUGUCGACCCAGGUCCAGCAGUUCCGGGUCCAUGGCUGGCAUCCAUCAAGAUAUACGGUAUAUACAACUGUCAGCAAUAGAGAACUGUCAAGAAAUUUCUACUUCCUGCAGACGCAGGUCGACGUUGCGAUCCUGCAUGCUGCCAGGAAUGCAUGUACUCCGUAUUCUGCACUGUCUGUAAUUCAAUACCGUAACAUACACUCGUACGGCAAUACACUCAUCAAACCGAAGACGACCAGAGCAAAACCACAGAGCAUCUGCACCAGCUGCCAACGGAGAUGCUGGCGUGCCGGGGCGAUUCCGGUCGAGCCGUGUAACCCGGGCUUAGUCUUGACGUCGACCGCGUAUUGUUUCGGUACGAGGCCGCUGCAGCCACUGGCCGGAGGCGCUAACCUGACAAACGACGCCCUGAAACAGGCGGCUUCUCUGGGCCAGUCGACUAUGAGCAUGGCGAGAUUAAAAGCAGGCGCCCGUUCCUCAUAUGGAUGCGCUGCGAUGCUGCUAUUAUCGGCAUUCCUGCCUGAGGCUGCCACGCCUGUGUGGCUCAUCUGCAUUUCUGCUCCCGGCAAACGGAUACCUAAGCAAAAGUCGAAUGGACAUCUGAAUGGGAAUGCCAGCAGCGGAGCCUCCUCCGCCUCCGGCUCGCAGGUGGAUUUGCGUGGCUCCAGCGACUCGGUAGGCACAGCCACGGCGACGGCGACAAAGGCAAACGGCGCGGCGGAUGGCUCCAAGGUCGAUUGCAACGGUCGGGCUUAUGGCAACCACGGUGACCACAAGGUUAACGGGGAGAUGGCCUACGGACAUUCGAACGGGACGGCGGCCGCGGACGCCAACGGCCAGCUGUCUUCUCGCGCAGACAAGGCGACGUCCGCUGCAAAGAGGUCCGCUCAGAACUCGUCCGUGAACCCGAUCACUCUCGCCUCGACUAUUCUCAAGUCGUGCCCGAUGUACGACACCAUCGCGAUCCUGAUCUUCCUCCUGCAGCUGCCUCCGAUGGUCCUUACGCUGGUCCAGUUCCUGUUCGCCUCGCUGACGUUUAUGCCUCCUGGUGGUGCCUCCUCGGGCUCUUUUACCUCCAACUUCGACAUCUUCCAGGGCCCUGCUGGCACGCCAUCUCUCGGGACGAUGAUCGCCAUGGACGGGUUCUGUCUGCUGCUCUGGGGUCUUUUCAUGUGGACCUGGGCUCAGAACUUCGCCCUCGACCUGGCUCAGGUGCAGGUGGCCAUCACUCUGGGAGGUGGCGGUGCGGGCAAGAACGGAGGCGUCAAUGCGCUGUGCGUGGGCAUCGUUCUUUUCCUGCAUAUCAUCCGAAGUAAAGGCAUUCAAGAUUUCGUGGCGAGUCACCUGGUCGCCUCGAAACUUGUCAGUCCCGAUGUGCUGUCGCGGUGGUCGAAGCUCAUGCCCCCGGAGUUUCGACGAACGGAGCCACAAACGUCCCCGAGUUGGAUCAGGAGUCUUCUGGCCAUCCACAUCUUGGCUCAGGCGGGCACGGCCAUGGCGAGGCGCUCAAUGGCCCGGAACCGUUCUCCUCAGCCGUCUCGGUCGGGGAAACGUACGGAUGCGGAGGCCUCUGCCGGCUCGCAGACUCAGAUUGACUCAGCUUUUGAAUCCGGGACUAGUGCCACAUCGAUUGCUGGUGCAGACGGGGCUCUCAUCGGUUCCGCGGCUUUGAAGGAGAGUAGGGAUCGAUUAACUAGCGCUAAAAAGCGAAGAAGGCAGGCAAAUCAAGUUCGUAGUCGACAACCGUUUUGGGCUGCUCUGGCGAGUACAAAGGUCACCGUAAUGAGGGAAUACGAGCAUUCUAGAGCCAUUUCGAAAACCACCAGGGGUGUUCCGAUGACUGAAGAUGACCUUCAAGGGAUCACUCUUGACGACGGGCUGAUCUGGAUUACAGAGAUUGACAGUUCUACCAUCAAGUUUGCUGCAGCUGAUUUUGCUUCCUCAGACGAUCCGACUACUUCCGGCGGUUGUGAAGAUGGACGUUGGGGCAAUCAGGAUAUGGAGCCAUUCUACGUCUGUGUCAAUGGAGCCCUCUGGGCGACUGCAACAGUCACCAGAGUGCACGAGGGGCCAAAAGGAUCGAGUUCGGUGCAGUGGCGGGGUGAGAUUUCGGGUCUGGCACCAAACUGCGCAUACACAUGCUCCUUUGUGCGCAGUGACACCGAUGAAGAAAUCUGUGUCAUGAGUGUCAAGACUCCUCCGGCCCCCGAUACCGAUCAAGCGGCCUCCUCGAUUGCAGCUCCUCCCGGACCAUUCCACCGACCAUCCUCUCCCACGACUACUCUGAAGAACUCGAUCGUCAAUGCGGAAGCAAAGCUCAACGAGAAACGCGCCCGCUUGAAAAAGGCCAAGAACGACCACAAGCUCGUUAUCUCGCGUGUCAAGAAAGAGCUGGACACUUACAACCAUCGAUUGAACAGUGGCAACGAUGAGAAUCGUCAAAAGCAGCGCUCCCUGCAAUUGGAAAGGAACAUUCGACAGACGGAGGAAGCCACGGCCGUACUCGAAGUUCAGCUCGAUAACAUGGAGAAUAUCCCCGAGGAGGAGCUGGAGAAGUGGACGACCCAGAAAGCCGCGUAUGAACGCGAAUUGGAAACGCUCAACACCGCCAAGGAGGAUCUGUUGGCAGCACGAACCGCAGUUGCUCGCGAAAUAUCGUCACUGGAAUCAGAACUGAAUUCCGCGAUCCAGAAGCGUGAGCGUCUCCAAAACCGCAGGACCAGGCUCAACGAGCAGUACGAGAGGAUCGUUUCCGCCAAUGCCCAGGGCCUCAACGAGCGAGAACGUCGGGCUGCCGAACAAUUUGCGCGGGAGCAGGAUCAAGCCAAGAUUGAGGCAAAUUUCAACGAACAGCUUGCCAGGAUCAGUCGGUCAGUGCAAGACUACCAGAUGCGUACGAAUCAACUCUGGCAGCAAGCCUCGGCGAUCGAGCAGGCGAUUCAACAACAGCAGCAGCAGAUGCUCAUGGAAACCGGGCCUUUGACGCCGGAAGGCAAUCUGCCUGGCACGAAUCCUCCGGCUGAGAAUGCGAACGCUGCUGGCGGGAUGACGAUCACUCCUGCAAACAGUCGAGCAAUCCUGGGAUCGAGCUUGUCCGCUUUGCGGUCCAGCCCACAACAGAGCACGUCUUCAGCUCCCGCCACGUCUUCUUACCCGACGAGCCCGCUGCAGUCCAUGCAACAACCACAGCAGUACCAGGCCUCACCGCGCGUAAGCAUGGCGUCUUACCUUGGACGGGACUUCACUUACCGAGAUCGGUCUUCCUCCAAUCGGUCAGCCCGAAGCAGCCUGUACGCUGAUUUUGACUUUGCAGACGGCAAUCGGGAACGGCGGAGCUCUGGCUCUGAUGGGAAGGGGCACGCUAGCCCAACCUACGGCCCCAUCGGUAGUCCGUUCACCCGUGCUGGAAGUCGGGGCAGUGGGAGCGCCAGCGGAAGCGGAAGUGGAAGUGGAAGUGGAAGCGGCUGCGACAGCCCCCAGUCUGCACGUGCUGAAAGCUCGUGA